AGCGAAAGCCAAAGAAAAGCGAAAAAUCAGUCGAAAGAAGGAACAAAGAGAAGCAACAAACACGUAUCGAUAUGGGUAGCCAGCAGAAAGUGAUAGUGUCGAUGGCGAAUGCUGUGUUAGUAGUUGUAGCGUGUUUGAGCGUCGGAAUUGGGAGCGCUAGAGCUCAGUCUUGCAGCGGCGGUGAGGUUAGUGAUGUUUUGGGGUGGCAGAGUUACGUCAACAACAUUCUGACGAUGCUGGCUCGAGAGACGCCCACCAAGGCUCUGGGUUCUACAUACACCACUACGUAUGCUGGUCGGGUUAAAGGCGAUGCUUUUUGUCCUUCCUCAGACGGAGGGCAGGCAUGCAUAGACUGUAUGAACCGUCUUCAGAUCAAGCUCCAAGCUGCUUGUCCUAAUUCCGCAAGUGGAAAUGCCGAUGACGGAUCUACAUCGUCCUGCACCAUGUCUUUCGAUAAAAUCUAAUCCCCGCCCGUAUCCUAAAGUUAUGUUUUCGAGUCAUCCAAUCUGCGUGGCCUCUAUCAAGUUUACUUUGCCUUUCUUAUGAUUCCUGCAUGUCCUUUAUGUGUCAGUUAAACUACUGUAUCGAUCCUUACUGUUACGAACUGGUUGAUCGGUGCCCAGAAUAAAGCAUAUGAGAAACU